AUGUUUGUUUAUUUGUUUGUUUUUCCUUCACUGUUUUUGCUCGUCUUCCAUGGCUUCUCUGUAAAGCUCUCUCCUUCUGAGGCUCUGAGGCUCCAAGACCUCACCAGAGUACUCGUUGUCAUUUCGGAACAGAAGCCCAUAAAGCAAGGUGACGGCGGGGAUUUCCCACUGAAAAAGCUUCAAUCGGUUAUAACAAAGGCGACAGUAAUGCCCAUCUCUGAACCAUCGAAGAAGCUUGCUCGGCAGUUGGAUUUCACUGCAUUUUCUAGUACACCGAAACAUUUAUCCUUACCAAUCUUGCUAUGGAUAUCAGAUAUUAUAUCCAUUAUCUUUGGUUUGUUGUUUUGUUAUAUUGGGUUGUUUGGCAAUGGACGAGAAGAAGAAGAUCCCCAUAUUUUGGAGCCUCUUUUGAAAACUAGCUUCAGCCAAAAUAAUAGCGAUGAUGGACAAGGUUCAAGUGUAAGUGGAGAUGGUGUAACUCCUUAUGCAACUACCAAUCUUCUUAGAAUUUUUACUUUCUCUUGGAUGGACCCUUUGCUUGCACUUGGGUAUAGAAAAACACUUGACCUUGAAGAUGUUCCUCAACUUUCCAAUUGUGAUAGUGCUAGUGUGGUGUUUGCUCGUUUUGGAAAUAAACUUGAAUAUGAUGGUAACGGUAGUGAUAAUGGUGGUCGAGUAAACACAUUCAAACUGGUAAAGGCAUUGAUUCUCUUAAUGUGGAAAGAAAUUCUAUGGACGGCUCUAUUCUCUAUUGUUUGCACAUUGGCUUCUUAUGUUGGACCGGUCCUUAUUGUUGCCUUUGUCCAAUAUCUUGAAAACCCUCAUCAACUAAAAUAUAAAGGUUAUGUGCUUGUGUCAACUUUUUUUCUUUCAAAGCUCAUAAAGUGCUUCUCAGAAAGGCAUUUAUUCUUUCAAUUACGAAAGAUGGCAAUGAAAGUCCGUACUGCCUUGUUCUCAAUAAUUUAUAAGAAAGGUAUCUACCUUUCAAGCCAAUCAAAGCAAGACCACACUAAUGGGGAAAACAUUAAUUUGAUUAGUGUUGAUGCUGAAAGGAUUGGCCUUUUUAGUUGGUACUUGCAUGAUAUAUGGCGGGUACCUACUCAGAUUGUUUUAGCAUUGUUGAUUUUGUACAAUAAACUUGGACUUGCUUCACUUGUUGCAUUUGUUGCCACAAUGAUUUUGAUGUUAGCAAAUGUUCCAUUGGGAAAAUUACAAAAUAAAUUUCAGAGGGAAUUAAUGGAUUCCAAGGAUCGCAGAAUGAAGGUCACAUUAGAGGCUCUGAGGAAUAUAAAGAUUCUCAAGCUCCAGGGUUGGGAGAUGAAGUUCUUGGCUAAGAUAAUUGAGCUCAGGAACGUUGAAACAAGAUGGUUAAAAAUGUUGCUUUAUUCAUUAGCUCUUAUUGGAUUCAUCUUUUUGUCUGCUCCCAUGUUUGUAUCCAUGGUAACUUUUGGGUUUUGUAUGCUGAUGAAAAUUCCUCUAGAUUCAGGGAAGAUUUUAUCUGCACUUGCAACAUUUGACAUAUUACAAGUGCCCAUUUAUAAUCUCCCUGAUACAAUCUCCAUGGUAGUUCAAACUGGAGUUUCUCUUAGUAGGAUAGCCUCAUUCCUUUGUCUGGAUGAUAUUUAUUCGAAUGUAGUACAAAGCCUUCCAACAGAUGAUGUCGAGAUUGCAAUUGAGAUAGUCAAUGGGAAUUUUUCUUGGGACAUUCAUUCCACUAAUCUCACAUUAAAAGAUCUUAAUUUUCGAGUGUGCCAUGGUAUGAGAGUAGCUGUUUGCGGUUCUGUUGGGUCAGGCAAGUCAAGUUUACUCUCAUGCAUUUUGGGAGAACUGUCAAAGGUGUCUGGAGACAUUAAGUUGAAUGGGACAAAGGCCUAUGUUGCACAAUCACCUUGGAUACAAAGUGGCAAGAUAGUAGAUAAUAUAUUGUUUGGAAAGGUGAUGGACAAGGAAAGGUAUAAGAUGAUACUUGAAGCCUGUUCAUUGAAAAAAGACUUAGAAUUAUUUGCAUUUGGGGAUCAGACUAUCAUAGGAGAGAGAGGGAUCAACUUGAGUGGUGGGCAGAAGCAAAGAAUCCAAAUUGCACGUGCUUUGUACCAUGAUUCUGAUAUUUAUCUGCUUGAUGAGCCAUUUAGUUCUGUGGAUGCUCACACAGGCGCUCAUCUAUUUAAGGAGUGUUUGCUAGGAAUUUUGGGCUCAAAAACAGUAAUUUAUGUUACCCACCAAGUAGAGUUUUUACCUUCUGCUGAUCUUAUUUUGGUUAUGAAAGAUGGAAGGAUUACUCAAGCAGGAAAGUAUAAGGAAAUUCUUAAUUCUGGAACUGACUUUAUGGAAUUAGUGGGUGCACAUAAAAAAGCAUUACUAGACCUUACUUCUACUGAAUGUGGGGCUACUGUGGAUAAUUUAAUUAAUUGUGAGGAAAAUGGUAAUAUGUUGUCUAGAGAGAAGUCCAUUCAAGAUGAUGAGGAAAAAGAGCAAAAAGACUACAAAAUAAAAAGACUAGUUGGGCCAGAAGGGCAACUUGUCCAAGAAGAAAAGAGGGAACAGGGUGAAAUUGGUUUUUCAAUUUAUUGGAAGUAUAUUACUACUGUAUAUAAAGGGGCUUUAGUUCCAUUGAUAUUGUUGACACAAAUUCUUUUUCAAGUUCUUCUCAUAAUUAGUAAUUAUUAUAUGUUGUUGGCUAAUCCUGUUUCAAAGGAUGUGACACCUCGUGUUAAACGAUCCACCCUCAUAUCUACUUAUGCUACUUUAUUCCUUGGAAGCUCUCUUUGUAUACUUAUAAGGUCCAUGCUCAUUGUAACUAUUGGAUACAAAACAUCUACUCUUCUUUUCAACAAAAUGCAUUUGUGCAUUUUCCGUGCUCCUCUAUCAUUUUUUGAGUCUACUCCGAGUGGAAGGAUUCUAAAUCGAGUAUCCAUAGAUCAAAGUGCAGUUGAUACCUCUAUUCCACAUCAAUUUGAAGAACUUCUUAUCUCAGUCAUUGGAUUCCUAGGAACUGCUGCUGUGAUUUCACAAGUUGCAUGGAAAAUGUUAUUAGUUUUUAUUCCGAUGAUUGUGACAUGUAUUUGGUACCAGAAAUAUUACAUAUCUACAGCACGAGAACUAUCACGGAUGGUUGGAUUAUGUCAGGCUUCAAUUAUACAACAUUUUUCUGAAUCUAGUUUAGGAUCAACCAUCAUCAAGUGCUUCGAUCAAGAAGAGAGGUUUAUGGAUACAAAUCAUAAACUAGUGGAUAGUUAUUCCAGGCCCAUAUUUCAUUUCUCUGGUGCAAUGGAAUGGUUAUGCUUUCGCAUGGAUAUUUUGGCGUCCAUAACUUAUGCUAUCUCUUUAAUUUUCUUGGUUUUAGUGCCAAAGGGAGUACUUAGUCCUGGUGUUUUGGGUUUAGCAGUCACAUAUGGGCUUGGUUUCAGUAUGCAAGGAGUCAUAUGGGAUCUUUGCAGUCUUGAGAAUAAAAUCAUAUCCAUUGAAAGAAUAUUGCAAUAUACUUGCAUUCCUAGUGAACCUCCUCUGUUGAUGGAAGAAAAUAGGCCAAAUCAUAGAUGGCCGUCAGAAGGGAAAAUUGAGAUUGUUGACCUACAGGUUCAAUAUGCCCCCCACCUACCUCUUAUCUUUCGAGGUCUCACAUGCACUUUUCCUGGAGGGAUGAAGAUUGGCAUUGUUGGGCGAACUGGAAGUGGUAAAUCAACUCUUGUACAAGCUCUCUUUCGCAUGCGUGAAACUGUAGCAGGUCAAAUUUGGAUAGAUGAUAUAAACAUCUUCAAAAUUGCCCUUCAUGACUUACGAUCAAGAUUGAGCAUCAUACCACAAGACCCUACAAUGUUUGGAGGGACUCUAAGAAACAAUCUUGAUCCACUUGAAGAGUACACUGACGAGCAAAUUUGGGAGGCAUUGUAUUGGAAUAUGAUUCCCCAACCAAAUUGCUAGAUAGCAAGUCCUCAUCAUUUGC